UUCAACAGCACUUGCCCUGCGGGCCGCGCAAAACCAAUCUGAAGUUCUGAACCUGACACGAAGGGGAACGGCCGGCUGAAGGGGGUUGCCAGCAGCGAUGGCGGAGCUGGCGUCGGGCGCCGUGAGCUCGCUACUUGGCGUCAUCCGUAACGAGGCCCUACUACUGGGCCGCGUACGGGACGACGUGCAGUUCAUCCAGGAGGAGAUGGAGAGCAUGAAGAGCUUCCUGGCGCACCUGGCAAGUAGUAGUGCACAGGCCGAAGGCGGCCAGAACGAGCAGCUCCGCACCUGGAUGAACCAGGUCCGGCUGCUCGCCCAGGACAGCAACAACUGCAUCGAUCUCUACCUCUACCGCGGCAACCCCGAGCUCCACCUUGCCAGGGGCGGCCUCCGGCGAUACGUCUUCUGGCUUCCCUGGUUCGUGCACAAGAUGGUCGCGCAGCGCCGCGCGGCCGUCCAGCUGCACGCGCUCAAGGAACGGGCGCGUGACAUUGGCGAGCGGCGAGCGAGGUAUGGUGUUGAAAUCCCUGCGGCGGCAGCAUCGAGGCAGUCGCCUACAGGGUCUGGGGCGGAGACAUCUUCAUCUACAAAUCAGGGAGGCAGAAUAUAUGCUGCAUCAGAGGAUGAAGAAGAAGAUGGCGACGAUCAACUUGUCGCGGCGAAGGAGGCAGCAGGUCAUUCAGUCGUAAAAGGGGCAUUUUUUGAGCCUCGACUGCCAGAGGAAAACGUUAGGGUGAAGCUAGCUGAAUGGAUGGAGGAUGUUAUGCGACACUACACUACUGAGGAUGAGUCAAUGCCAUCUGUCGCCAUUGUGGCACCAGAUAAUGCAGAAACCCUUGCUAUUGCAAAUGAAGCUAUGGAUAUGUGGAAAAAAGUAUGCACACAUGGGCAGAGUGUCUUGGUGGACAUCCCAGCAGUGCACUUCUAUUCUCAAUUGCUAAGACCCAUGGACAUUCUGUACUAUAUCCUAUGGGCGCUGCAGUCUCCCGAAGCCCAGCCCCAACAGCAGGAUGGUCAAGUCCCGGGAGAGGAAGAGCAUGAUAUUAACAAAAUGAGAAGUGAUGUUAACUCAAAAAAACAAAAUAUGUUUGAAGAAAUCUGGGAACAAAUCCAAGGAAUGAAGAUUGAAGAAAAGAUUUCAGAAAUCAACAACACCAUUAAAGAAAUAAAUGUCGUCCAGCGGCAGCUCAACCAAGCACAAAUGAAUGAUGACGACCUGCUUCUGCUGAAAUCCACUAAAGAUGAGCCCAUCGGCGUAUUCCUCAGAGCGUUGUGGUUGCUCAAGCACAAGCCUGUUGACAGUGCGACUGCUACCAAAAAAGGUCAGACAAGGAAGGAAGCAACAAGUCCAAAACAGAAGCAAGACAAAUAUUCAUACAAAGACAUCAUCAAUGUAACAGCCAGGAAGCUUAAAGAUUAUAUGGAAGAUCAUGUGAAUGAAAAACCGAAGCCUAAAGAGCAUUUGGAAGAAGAUGCACGCACAAAGCCGAUUCAACUCAAGGAAGCCCUUUAUGAACAUAUAGUACAUGAGAUGUUCCCAUCAGUGACCAUCAGGAAGCCCCCACAGAUCCAAGAUCAAGACUCCAAGCAGGCCACCGCCAUCACCACCACUACUGGCACCACAAUUAUAUUGGUUGAGGACCAAUUCAAAGAAAUGAUCCGCAAGAUCCUAUUGGACCUGCAAGAAGAAAAAUCCUUGAAGAAACCAAAUACAAUUGAGCUGCAGGAAGACAAAUCCAUUAAGAAACAAGGUACUGUUGAGCUGCCAGAAGGCAAAUCCAUGACGAAACAAGAUUCAAUUGAGAAACCAGAUACAGUUGAUGGUAAACCAAGUCAGGAUUGUAUCCAGCACACUCUUAUUGAAGAAACCAUAGAGAUGAUUUCGGGAAUUGGGUGGACAAUGUACUGGCAGCUCGCAUACAAAGUGAUCAUGGACAGAAUCAAUGAUUGUUUGCAGAGACGAGGUCAUCAGAAGAUCCUGGUUAUCCUCAAACUUGAUAAUGACUAUGUAUCCGGAUGGGAGGAUACGAGAAAUGCUUUCAGCACAUUGGGUUGCAUACCUGGUGUAUUGAUGUUGACAACCGAAGUAAACAGAGCACGAGCCAAAGAAUAUUGUUGUCCCCCGAGGGAACCUAUAGACUAUUCUCUUGAUGGCCUCUACCGUGAUGUUAUACUCGAGUUUACAAGAAAGAAGAGGACUGAAGAUAACAUACAACCUUUUCUGGACAUCUUGGACAAGUGUGAUCAUGAAGAAUUCUGCAUGAAGAUCUUUGUUCAUGCUUUACACGCCAACCCCAAGAGGAGCAUAGAAGACCUAAGCAAGUUGAAUAGCACCCUACAGCUGGGUCCAAAGAACUUAUUGGAUAGCUUUCAGAAGAAAAUGUUCAAGUUCUCUUACAGUGAUCUGCCUAAUGACUACAAGUCCUGCUUGCUAUACCUAGCAAUUUUCCCUAAACGACAACCCAUCAGGCGGUCAACCUUGAUAGGACGGUGGGUUGUAGAAGGUCUGAUAACCACGGAAGACUGGGCCAGUUCUGUCUGUCGUGCCAAUCGAUGUUUUGAUGCCCUGGUCAACAGGUGGUUAGUUUAUCCUGCUAAUAUUGGUGCUACAGGAGUGGUAAAGAGUUGUGUGGUAGGUGAUCUCAUUCAUGGAUUCAUUACCAAGAUCGCCAAAAAGCAACGCAUUGUGGAAUCACGCGUAUCACAUUACUUGGCUCGCCACUUUUCCAUUUUCAAUGAUCUCCGACUCCGUCGCUCUGAUAGAAUUGAUAGAUUCUUCCAAAAGCUAAAUGAAGAAUCAUUUCGAGUAUCCCUGGUCAAGGUUCUCGAUCUCGAAGGUUGCCAAUGCUUUGGAGGGAAGAACCAAAUCUACCUCAAACAGAUUUGCAGGAAGAUGUUACUACUCAAGUAUCUGAGCUUAAGGGGAACAAAUGUUAUGAAGCUGCCAAGUGAAAUCAAUAACCUCCGCGAGCUUGAAGUAUUAGAUAUCCGACAAACCAAUGUGCCUAGAUCUGCAACAGUAAAUGUGCUACUCCUGAAGCUGAAGCGUUUGCUCACUGGUCCGCCAGUGCAUAAGUCUGCAACAGUACUCCAGAAAUGCCUAAGUCGUUGCUUGGCCGGUUCAGUUGUUCCGAGUUCAGGGCCAGACAGUAAUGAAAUACCUUAUGUUCCCGACAAGAUCGGAAAGAUGUUAAACAUGGAGGUAUUGUCCAAUGUUAAGGCCCAGAGUAGUCAACAUUUGAAAGAUAUUGGAAAGCUAUGGCAACUAAGGAAACUUGGCGUGACUAUUGAAGACAAUGAAAUGCAUAUUAGGAACUUGCUUCGUGCUAUCAAUGACUUGCAUGACUGCCUCAAGUCUCUGUCAAUCACCCUUCCCAUGGCCGAGUAUGAAACUUCUGAACACAACUUUAGAGAAAAUGUUCUCCACUAUUAUAAACAACCUCCCAAGCUUCUUGAGAGGUUAAGUAUUAUUGGGGCGACGCAGAGGGGGCAACUUCUUCACCAGCUGGCCAAAGAUAAUGACCUAUUCCAACUUGCCAAGGUAACUCUAUCUGGAACCCGGCUCAAGCAAGCUGAUAUGCUCGUCCUCACGAAGCUGCCCAAGAUACUAUGCCUUAGGCUCCGUGAAAAGGCAUACAUGGAUAACAAGCUCACCUUCGGUAAGGAAGAAUUCAAAAAUCUCAAGUACUUUCUUGUUGAGGGCUCCAACAUGGCUGAGAUCACCUUUGAAGGUGGAGCUCCUAACCUUGAGAAGAUUAUACUAUGCUCCACUGAUGGCCUAGAGUCUCUUUCUGGAGUCGAAGGGCUUCAUGAACUCAAGGAAGUUGAGUUGAACAACAACAAUAAGCUUUCAUUAUUUGAGAAGGCCAAAAACAUAUCCAAGGUGACCUUUUGUUAUACCAUUCUGAGUCAAGAUGAGUUACAUACUCUUGCCAAGUUACCCAACAUGCGCUUCCUAGUACUCAAGGAGAAUUCUUAUGCCCAAAACCAUCUUAUCUUCAAGAAAGACAACUUACGAUACCUCAAUGUUCUUCACAUCGACUUCUCUGUCGCCACCAACACCAGCUUCGAAGGUGAAUCUGCUCCUAAGCUUGAGAAAAUCGUGUGGUCUUUAACAAAGGAGACAUUGGGUACCAUGUCUGUCUCCGGCAUUGAGAACCUUCCAAAAUUGAAGGAGCUUGAGUUCAAUGGUAAUAUUGUCCACGGUGAGGUGGAGGAAUCAUUGAAGAAACAUAGGAACAAACCCAGGCUUACACACAACAAACCAGAAAACCAAUACCAAGAAGCUGGAAACAUACCAGAAAAGAAAGAUGCUGCAAGAUUCCAAUUCGGAUGGAAGAACCCGAAUUGAUGCCAGAGAAGCCUUUCCUAUCAUCCAUUCGUCAUCCAUUACAAUCUGAUGGUGUGGUUUGUGUGUGCUCUUUGGUUUGUCAUUGUGUGUUACUGUCCAUCGCGCAUGUGUGGGCAGAUAUAUUAUGUAUCUUUGUAUGUGAAUUGAGUGAGUGUGUGUCCUUGCUACUUAUACUACAUUUGUGACAUGUAAAAAACAUCCAACAUAUGUAAUGUUGUGUAUAUGUGUGCCCUAUAACUAAG